CAGUUGACGUUGUUACGCCUUGCUAGAUGAUUGGCGAGGUAAGAUGGCGGCGCCAGAGGAGCCAGAAUUAUCUCAGGCGCAGACUGAAAAACUCCUUCAGUUUCAGGACCUAACUGGUUUGGAGUCAAUGGACCAAUGUCGUCGAACAUUAGAGCAACAUAAUUGGAACAUAGAGGCUGCAGUACAAGACAGACUUAAUGAACAGGAAGGAGUGCCCAGUGUGUUUAACCCUCCACCAUCCAGACCAUUACAGGUCAAUACAGCAGACCAUAGAGUAUAUAGUUACAUCGUCUCAAGGCCACAACCAAGGGGAUUACUAGGAUGGAGUUACUAUUUGAUUAUGCUACCAUUCAGAUUUACGUAUUACACACUUCUGGACAUAUUCAGGUUUGCUUUGCGAUUUAUUAGGCCAGAUCCUCGUGGUCGUGUGACAGACCCUGUUGGAGAUGUUGUGUCCUUCAUUCAUAGUUUUGAAGAAAAGUAUGGUCGGUCACACCCUGUGUUUUACCAGGGAACCUACAGCCAGGCACUAAAUGAUGCCAAGCGGGAGCUCCGCUACUUAUUAGUGUACCUUCAUGGGGAUGAUCACCAAGACACUGACGAAUUUUGCCGCUCCACGUUAUGUACAGAAGAGGUCAUAACCUUCCUUAACACACGAAUGCUCUUCUGGGCAUGCUCGACCAGCAAGCCUGAGGGCUAUAGAGUGUCCCAAGCGUUACGGGAGAACACUUACCCAUUCCUGGCCAUGAUAAUGCUGAAGGACCGGAAGAUGACGGUGGUGGGCAGGCUCGAGGGCCUCAUUCAGCCAGAGGACUUCAUCAAUCAGCUCACCUUCAUCAUGGAUGCCAACCAAACAUAUCUGAUGUCAGAACGUCUUGAAAGGGAGGAGAGGAACCAGACCCAAGUGCUACGACAGCAGCAAGAUGAGGCCUAUCUGGCCUCGCUCCGUGCCGAUCAGGAGAAGGACCGGAAGAAAAGAGAGGAGCAGGAGCAGAAGAGGCAAGAGGAGGAGAAAGUCCGACAGAGUGCCCUCGCCGAGGAGCGGAGACGACAAACACUUGAAGAGGAGAAAGAGAGGAAGUCAGAAUGUCUUCCUCCAGAGCCACCUGCAGAUGAUCCAGAAAGUGUCAAAAUAGUGUUUAAGCUGCCCAAUGAUACGCGAGUAGAGAGACGAUUCUUGUUUGGGCAGUCUCUGACGGUAAUACACGACUUCCUUUUCUCCUUGAAAGAAACUCCAGAGAAGUUUCAGAUAGUUACAAACUUCCCGCGCCGAGUCUUGCCCUGCCUUCCAACUGAAGAGCAGCCCAACCCACCUACGCUGAAAGAGGCAGGACUCAGCCGCUCCGAGGUCCUUUUUGUUCAGGACCUUACGGACGAUUAAGAUGACAUACCUCCUGUGUGGAAACACAAUUUCCUCCAAUGCCCACUCACCCUUUUUCUUUUUUUUUUCUUUUUUUUUUUUAUUAAAUGGCCAUUAUGCACAAGGGAUCAUUGCGAUAAAAUCCUAACCUGGAAAAAUUUAAACCACCCUGCAUCCAGUCCUUGUUUGGUUGUGUUUACAGGGUUCCCAAUAGCCUGGAAAGUCUUGAAUUUUAUCAAAUAAAUAUUUCUUGAAGUCCAUCCUUGAAACUCAUCUUUGUAUCCACCAGGACUGAGAAGUUUUUUUAAUGUCUGUACUAGUUACCAGUUUAUUCUCAUCCUUCCUUACCAGUAACAUGUUGCAGCAACAGAUUAAUUAUGAAAUGUACUGAAACAGUAGCAUAGCUUUCUGCAAAACCAGAACCAUAUCCCAACUGAGUUUGUCUGGCAGCUGAGGAAGUCAAGUUGUAUGUAUGCCUACCGAUACCACAGUAUAGAUGCGUAUGGAUUUCUGUGAUGGUGUGACUGCCUUGGCUUUUGUUUACUUUGUAAGUCAGGCUUGAUGUUUGAUCCACGUGUCCGAAUUCAACGCCUUUUUGCCUUAAGUUUACACAUGCUCCCUCCACAGUGACUGAUGAGCACAGAGCAGUUGUACAUGUCAGGUUUAGUACUGCUGUGAUUGUUAAUCCAUGUGGUGAGGAGAGCAAAUGUACUACUUCAGGGAGCAGGUUGGUGGAUUUGGACAUCAAGGAAAUAUGGGAACCCUGUUUUAAAUGAGCCAUUACCUGUACAUAAGUUAGAUAUUUAAGAGACCCAAAUUUACCAUUCAUUUUUAUGUUUUUUGACUCAUCUGUGUCAUAAAAUGACCAAAUGCAGGUUGGUUACUAUGUAAAGCAGACUGCCUCAAGCUCAUCAAGUAAAAAAAAAAAAAAAUUUAACAGAUGCCACAGCUUUUACUUGUGGCAUUAUCUAGUUCUAGUACGAGUCUGCCCAUAGUGUGCCUGUGGUUACUCAUAGAUGCCUGUUUGCCUGUAACAUCUAAAUGGGCUCAUGUAAAGAUGUAAUUUUCCAACUAUAAAUUAAAAACAUUUUAAACAUG